AUGGUGGCCCCAUCUCCGUACCGUACCGCAAUCAUUGAUUGUGUCAAAAGCGGAAUGACGGAUUCAGAGAUCGUUAAAAAGCUGAAAGUGUCUCGUUUUCUCGUUUUUCGAACUGCACAACGCUAUCGGCGUCUCGGUACUUCAGAUGACAUGCAAAGAAGGGGACGUCGAGUCACCGUCACGACUCCAGAAGCAGUCAAAGCCGUUCGAGGGAAAAUCAGACGCACUCCGGAAAGAAGCAUGAGAAAGAUGUCAAAAGAAUACGAAAUGAGUCGAGAAUCGAUGAGAACUAUUGUCAAGGACAAGCUGAAGAUGAUUCCCUACCGUAUGCAGAAAGGAGCCUUCCUCAAUCAAAAAAACAAGACAUUGCGGAUGAAAAAGGCUCGAAAGCUGCUCGCUGGCACGGAAGAUGGCUCGCAUCUGACGACGCUAUUUACCGACGAGAAAAUCUUCACUGUGGAGCCGAACAAGAACGGCCAAAAUCAUCGGAUCAUUGCUAAUGACUUUCAGAGUGCCUGUGAAAAAGGAAAAAUUCUGAAUAAAACUUCGCAUCCGGCUUCCGUGAUGGAUUUGCCGGAAUUACCGCUGACGGCAAAACUCCGCUGA